CGUUUUUUGUUUAUAAUCGAAGUGUUUAGAUGGUUGAAAGUAUCAGUUCGAGUUAACAGUCAACCAACAAACAACAAUCAAAUCAAUUCUUUAUUUGUGAAUCAAAAACAAUCAACAACUAAUAAUCAAAAUGAAAGUUUUCGCUAUUGUCGCUCUUUUCGUUAUCCUCGCUGUUUCUGCCGCUAUGGCUGACCCAUGGAAGAAGGACAAUCACUGGGGUGGUCAUCAUCAACAUGGUAAAAUCGGAUACAAAGUUGAUGUCAAGCAUGGUGGUUGGGGAAAACACGACAAGGGAUGGACUGAACUUUACGAUUCACGAGAUAAGACCACUGGAUGGAAAUCACAUGGUCACGAUCACGGUCAUGGUCAUGGUCAUCAUGGUCAUCAUGGAUGGAAACACUAAGAACCUCUUAACUCAAUUGGAUUAAUACAAAGUUUAAUUAACAUUUGAUCGGAAUUAUGAUACUUCUAUUGCCUCUAUUUCACAACAACCCGAAAGAUUAAUAGAUUUUCAGUUCAACUCUAAUCAAUCAAACAACAAACUUGAGGAAUACUUCAUAUUUUCAUGAUAUUUGUGUUUCACAACCAACAACAAACAUGAUUGAUCAGUUGCUUAAUUCAUCAUUCCAUGUGUCUAUUUAAACUUUUGAUAUUUAUUAUUGUGCAUUUUCCAUAUUCAAAACAUCAUAUUUAUUGACCAUCAAAAAGUAACAUGCAUUGUAAAAAAUUCACUUUGAAAACAUAUUAAUCUUUGGUUAAUUGCGAUUAAACUGUUAAUAAUUAAUACAGAAAAAA